UUCGAAGGUUUGGGCGCGAAUCCCCGUCUGCUGCGCUUGCGAGAGACCCUGCGAGAAACCGUGGAGAGUCCGGGGAAGCGCCUAAAGUGCCCGGGGUCCUGGUUGGUAGAGGCGGUUGGGGACUCUGGCGUUUAGGGAUCUUGUGUGCAUCAUUAUUCUACAGUUUAGCUCAGGAUGUCUGGGAAAGCAAGUGCUUCCAAAAAAAAGUCUCAGCCGCUAAAGAGGAAUUCCAAAAGAAGGGCUGAUGAAGAAGUGGAGCGGUCAGAUAAAGAGGUUAGAAACACAGCAAAAAGAAGCAAAAAGCAUUCACCGCAGCUGCCUUCUGAAGAAAUAGGACAUACAGAACAUAAUGGUCUAAAACAAAUCAAAAUUGCACCCAGCAAGUGGAAAGCAUGGCAGCCUCUCCCAAAAAGUACCAAGGAACAUUUGCAAAGUGUCAUGGAGUCGGCAAUCAUAGGAAUUUUAAGCAAAAAUAUUAAAGAAAAAGAACAAAUUCAGUAUCAUCUAAACUACUUAAAGAAAAGAUUGUUACAACAGUGUGAUACGCUGAAAGCCCCUCCCAGAAAGUUGAACUACUUAACUAAUGUAUCAAAUGUAUUGAAAACGGCACAGGCACAGAAAAGAGCUAAUGAAGAGGGUCUGGCAUUACUGCAGGAAGAAAUAGACAAAUUAGUCGAAAACACCGAGUUAGUGACUGGUACCAUUCAGAGCCUGAAGAGCAAAAUUCAGAUUCUAACACAUGAGGUAGAAGAGGAGGAAGAAAAGAUGAAACAGGUGCUUCAAAUGGACGGUAAUAGGGUUCUCUCACUCCCAGAACUUUCUCAGAAAAGCCUUAACGCACCCACACUUCAAGAAGAAAUAUUGAAACUAAUUCCAAACCAGAAUGCGCUUCUAAAGGACUUGGAUAUUCUUCAUAGUUCAUCACCAGUGAAGAACUUGUCUGUGUUCAUUGAAGAAGCCUAUAAGAAACUUGAUGUCUCUUAAAGAGUUUAGUUGCUUUAGACUGUUCCUUUCAAUGUUUGUGAAUUUGUACAGCUCUUUAAUUAUUAUUGGUUUUCUCCCUCUCUCCCUCUCCCUCUCCCUCUCUCUCUCUCUCUCUCUCUCUCUCUCUCUCUCACUCUCUCUCUCGACAGGGUCUCACUAUAUAUGUAGCCCAGGCUGACCUUGAAUUUACAGCAAUCCUCCUGCCUAAGCCUCUCAAGUGCUCGGAUUACAAGUUUGUGCCACCACACACAGCCAGAAUUUGUACAGCUUAACCUGUGGUGAGGCUCCAGAGCUAAUGAUUCUGUGCGAUUCAUUAUCCCCUGAUACGCACUUUAUCAUUAGCCUUUGUGGGUCUGUUACUAGUCUCUGUUUAUAGUAAUUGCUAAAUGUAGGAAAAUUGUAUUUAUAUUGCUGUAUCUUCAGUUUUGUGUCUAAAACCAUAAAAUAA